CAGCGAAAUUUUUUUUGUUCGAUGAUUUCUUUUUCGGUGAUCUGGGCUUGAUUGAUGUAGCGUUUCCGAUUUACGAUCCAUGGGCUGGGGGCUCCGUGAUGUGGUGUUCGUGUUCUAUUUUAGCCUUCCUGCGUGGUUUCUGCUGAAUUACUUACGACUCUGGCUGGUUUAUGAGCGUGGGAACGGCGUCCGGGUGAUUCUCAACAAGAUUCUCAACGAUACAGGGAAUAUCGGGUCGGCUUCCCUUCUGAGUGCGCCAUAGACCAGGGUGGUUUUUGCCUGGGUGCGAUUGAAUUAUUCAAG